AUGGCCCAAAACUUUGAGAAGUCGGUUAAAGGGGCCACCAAGGUCAAACUUGCCGCCCCUAAGUCAAAAUACAUCGAACACAUCCUAGUAGCGACGCAUACAGGCGAAGCUGGAGUCGCCGAGAUAUUCCGGACACUGCAUCUUCGGGUUCGCGACACGACAUGGACGAUCGCAUUCAAGGCCCUCAUCGUGAUUCACUUUAUGAUCCGCGAGGGCCAGUUGGACGCCACGCUACAAUACAUGGCGGAGAAUCCAAGGAAAAUCGCCGUCCACGGGUUAUCAGAGGUUCAACCGCAAGGGCGCAAUAUCCGACGAUACUCCCAGUACCUUCUUGCCCGCGCAAAAGCAUUCGAGCAGACAAAGACAGAUUACGUACGGAGCGGACAGGGUCGGAUGAAACGGCUUACCGUUGAAAAGGGUCUGUUGCGAGAAACCGAAGUUGUUCAAAGACAGAUCAAAGAGCUCCUGAGAUGCGAUUUCUUAACCGAUGAAGUCGAAAACGAAAUAAGUUUGACGGCAUUCCGUCUUCUUACAUUGGACCUCUUAACUCUAUACUCGGUCAUGAAUGAGGGAACUAUCAAUGUCCUAGAACAUUACUUUGAAAUGUCGCGCCCCGAUAGCGAACGCGCGCUGGAUAUUUACAAGACUUUCACCGCGCAAACAGAAGAGGUCGUCAAGUUUCUGGGAGUCGCUCGACAUUUCGAAUCAGCGACAAGGCUAGAAAUACCCAAGUUGAAGCACGCGUCCACUGAUCUAACACGUCUCCUUGAGGACGACCUGAACGAUCCGGACUUUAAUCAGCGCCGGAGAGAAUAUCUUGCGCGGAAAGGGAAAGGUGGAAGCAGCAGUGCCUUCGCAGCAGCAUCGACGACUGGUGAUAAGCCCGCCAGCAACGCGAACCCUACGCCUCCUCGACCAAAGACGGAGCCCAGCCCCCAACCGAGGGCGGCACCAUCGAACCUUAUAGACUUCUUCGACUCCAUUGAGCCGGCUCAGCCAGCUCAAUUCCAGCAACAACCGCAGCAGCCACAAGGCAUGCAGUUUCAACAGACUGGCUUUCCUGGACAACAGCCCUCAUUCUACCCACAACAGACAGGGUUCCAGCAACAACCCCAGCCCGCCGAGUUCGGUCAGCAACCUACUGGAUUCGGGCAGCAGGCACCAUUUGGAGGACCAUUUACAGCACAGAAUAUUGGCCAGUUUGGUCAACAGCAAGUGCCUGCGCCCCUUCAAUCGACCCCAACUGGUGCCGGAUUUGGUGGCUAUACACCGCAAGCUCAGGCUCAAGGAUUCCAAUCGCAACUUCCACCAAUCCCGCAGAACAAUGUCGCGGCAUUUCCGCAGCAGCAGCCGUCACCGGCUACCCUUCAACCGCAGACAACUAAUCCCUUCAGGCAAUCAAUGCUGAUGAACACCCAGACGGGUUCGAGUGUACCACCAUCGCCCAUGAACCGCCAGAACACAAAUCCCUUUGCGAAGCGGCUAUCCACUGCCAACCCAUCUUUUACCCCUAGCCCUCCCGAGCCGUUUCCCCAGGCUCUUCAACAGUCUCAGCCACCCCAGCAGCCAGCGGCUCUUCAGCCCCAGCGGACGGGGACGAAUCCUUUCGCUCGAAGCUCAUCUGUCCCACCGCAGCAAUCUCAGGGAUUGCAGCCUUCUGCCGCGACCCUUCGGCCUACGCCUACAGGGAGUACAAAUCCGUUCCGACAGAGCGCGCUUGUACAACAAGGUCAAGGGUGGCAGACAACCAACGGACAACAGGGCACUAUGGGCGGAUUGGAGCAGUUGGAUACGAUCUCUGUGUUUCCACGCCCUGGAUUUUCGUGA